AUGAAACAUUCCUUACCCAAGAUACCUAACCUUUCUAUUAUCUGUGAACUCUGAUAUUAUUUCGUUUGUAUUGGCCUUCUAUACUGAGAAUACACGCCUGCAAUUAAAUCCAGUGUUCAGGCUUGACAGACGCCCAACUCCCGCCCUUGGCAUAUCUUCCAAUGUAUUUAAAUUCGUCAUUUUUCCUCCAACUCCAAACUCAUGCAUAAGAAGUGUGUUAACUUCGAGUUUCCAGGAAGUGACACCCAUUCCCCCUAUCCCCACUUAUAUUCUGACGAUUCAAGAUCUGUCAGCACACUUCGGGGGUAGGCAGAGGGGGGACAUUACCUAGCCUAGCCUUGCCUCGCCCUUAUCAGCCGUAGCCAAUUUAUUAGUUUGCUGAAAAAUUACACUAUACCUAUGUGAUUUUACGCAAACUUUUCUACGAGGCAGUUAAAUAUUCUGAUGAUAUGUCGAUCGUUCGGUUAAUCGACCAACUUCUCAAAUUUGACACAAGUUCAACAAAAAUCAUUGUAAAAGUUGAACAAUUUCGUUGCGCAGUGCAGAACGUAUAGCGAGUGAGCCGCCAAGAUGGGCAAGCUCCUGUCGAAGAUCUUCGGCAACAAAGAGAUGCGCAUUCUAAUGCUGGGGCUGGAUGCUGCUGGGAAAACCACUAUACUAUAUAAACUCAAACUAGGUCAAUCCGUGACAACGAUACCCACCGUAGGAUUCAAUGUAGAAACUGUCACGUAUAAAAAUGUUAAAUUUAACGUUUGGGACGUAGGGGGGCAAGAUAAAAUAAGACCACUGUGGCGCCACUACUAUACAGGAACGCAAGGACUUAUAUUUGUGGUCGAUUGUGCAGACAGGGAUCGAAUAGACGAAGCGCGACAAGAACUACAUCGCAUAAUAAAUGAUCGAGAGAUGCACGAUGCUAUUAUUCUAAUUUUUGCCAACAAACAAGAUCUUCCUGAUGCAAUGAAGCCACACGAGAUCCAGGAAAAACUUGGGCUGACCAGGAUACGUGACAGAAACUGGUAUGUCCAGCCUUCGUGCGCAACAACCGGCGAUGGCCUGUUUGAGGGGCUUACGUGGCUCACUAGUAAUCAUAAGUUAUGAACAAAUAGUUUAGCACGCCCCUUUGACCCAAUGCCGGGCCACCACACACGCUCCUGAUCAUAUUGUAUCCGACCAAGUUACCAACUUUACAAAUACUUGACGAACAGUUCAAUUUUCUACGUGUCUCAAAAUCACAAAAUUACGAGCGUUCCUAUGUCAUUCUUAAUUUUAACUCUGAUACUGACUACAUUUUGCCGGCUGGUAGCUCAAGCACUUCAAGAAAAGCUCAGUUGUACAAAUUUCAGAUGAUAGUAAGCGAUCACAUCUUUACUUGAUAAGUGUUAUUCUUCUCAAAAAUCUGUGACACUAUGAUCUGCUAGAAAAAUUAGUACCCGGUUGACAAAUAUUUUGCACACAAGUUAUAUCAAUUACAUCGAAAUUUUCUUAUCUGCAAUGACGGCAAGAAAUUUUCUUCUUUUCAAUUAAUCAACCUGCAACCUCAGAUAAAUCCAUUAUGAGAAUUGAGCCAAGUUGUCAAGUAUUUAUAAUAAAGCCAUCAGUCACCUCGAGAUGUCAUCUCGAUGAGCGUGUUGCUUUCCACUACCUUCUUUCUUUCCCUGUCAGAUGUAAAAAUUUGUUCACUUUUUAGUUUUUAAGGUCUUAAUAAGAUGUUGCAAUUCAAGAGUAAUAAAUAUGAAACAGUACGAAAACAAUUUGUCUAUGAAAAACAUUCUAUCCAGAGCCGUCAUACAAAAAAUUUAGUACUCGCUGUAUUUCAUAAAUACAACACUGCGAUUAGGCUCAAACCUUCCCGUAAUGUAAUGCGUUCAUUCAAAAUUCUUUGUUAUUUUCUUUCAACGCGGCGAAAUCAUUAUUUAUAAAAUGAUACUUCGGUUAAGUGAAUAUAAUUCCUCAGCCAAACUGACCUUCUGUAUAUCAUUAUUGUGGAAUAUGAAAUUGAGAGGCAAUUUGUUCAAAGAGACUAUCACAAUUGAAGAAGAUCCUGGUCACACUUGCAACUACAGAAUAUGAAAAUUUAAAUCACGCUAUAUGUUUCGCUUUUUAAUUGCAAAAGGCAAUGAUCCAUCAGGACCAAAGUUUUAGUAUGGCUAGGCGAAUCUAAUAAGAAGUAACAUGAAAUGAGACAACACAAGUAUUUAAUACUAAAUGGAUGAUAGAAAAAUUGUUGUAUUUGUAAUUCCGAUGUCAUAAUAUUAUUUUCAAAGAAUCAUAUUCAUUAUUUUUACUGCACAUACAUUAUAUACUAUGUAUAAAAAUAUCUGUCGUUGGUAGUCUUAUAUAAGUAAAGAAAAAUACUUUUGUACCAACUAUCGACAAGCUUUCAGCUACAGCGAUGUGCUUUCUUUUCAAAAAUUCAUCAUGGGAGCACAUCCGGUCAUUUGCCUAGAUUCCUAAUCUCAUUCCAAUUGCUGAAAGCUUGAGGAAAGUUUCAUUCAAGAAAUCAGUGAAUAAUAUACGUUCCUCGUCGUGAGCCGUGCCACGUCAAGUCGACACCUUUGUUAUUCUGUCUAGUGAUGUGUAUCCGAAAUAAAACUCACGUUUAUUUAAAAAUCCAUGCUUACCAAUACGUAACUUGUGCGACUACUGCCAAAUGAAAGUCCAAAAUAUUAAUUACGAAUCUGUGCAACUGAGUACAGAGAGCUUGGAAUUUUUUAUAGCUACGAAAUAACGAGGGCUAUUUGGGCGCCAAUAAUCUGUAAUAAUAAUUGUAUUUAGGUAUCAGUAGCUAUACUUAAUUGGCUAUUGGAUCUGUUCACUCUUCUACUAUUUUGGUGUGCGUCUAAAAGCAAACUUUUAUAUUGUUGUCACACAAAGUUGACUGAAUGAACGGUCUCCAAAGUAUGCAAUGUUGCCAAAAUUUGUCGAAUUUUUGCAUCCGUUGCCUUGACUGAGUAAGUUGAAAUAUUACGUAAAUGUUUAAAGUUUUCACAUAGAAAUGUCAAGUUUUACGUAUUCCUUUCAUGUAUAUGCAUAUCAUCGAACGAAGGCGAGUUUAGUGUGCAAAUACGUGUAGUUAAAUUCCGAUUUUUCAUUGUAUUCUAACAUGCUAGGGGCCAUUUAGCUGUUAGGUGAUCUUUUUCUCUAAGUUCGAUUGAAUGCACAGUUAUUUCAAAAUUGGAGACAUUGCUUAUAACAUUGUUAUACAUCUAUACAUAUUAUACGGUACGCUCAUGUAACGGUUACUGAUUAGUACUAAUUUUUAACAAUAAUAAAAUUAGUCACAUUUUAUAAAUGCAAACCUGUAUAACUUACAAACAGAAAUGAAAAACAAUUAUCUGCAUGUACAUUACUACAUCUUGUAUAAUAAAGAUUGUUUGAAUUCAA